GACAACCGUAAUUAUCUCGUCAUUCGCAAGCUUAGAAAUCCAAUUGCGCAACUUGGCUGCGUAUUGACAAAAUGAGGGGAUUUAUGAAUUCCCCCCUACUUGAUCUCGAAUCAAAUUGCACUAUUUCUCUCAAUCUUAUCAAAGACAGACUGCGGAACGUAACAUGUCCGAAGAAUCUGAGAAGAAAGAGUGGCAUAUAAAAGGAUCUCUAGACGCAGAAUUAGUCGUGACCCCAGCCCUUCCACCUGACUUUCAUAUCAGUCUUCAUACACACGAUACACCAGACGGAGAAUCAACAAUUGUCGAGCUUAAAAUGGGUUCUCAUCCUGCUCCAAAGAUUAUCUUGUAUACUUCCUAUGCAUGUCCUUGGGCCCAUCGCUCUCAAAUAGCUCUUGCUGAGCUCGGGCUAGAAUUUGAGACUGUCAUUAUCGACCUUACUGUUCCACGCACGCCAGAGUACUUGGCCAUCAACCCUCGGGGACUCGUGCCUGCUCUCUCCUACAAUGGAGAGAUCCUCACUGAAUCCGGAGUGAUUUCCCAAUUCUUGGUAGACUCUCAUCCUUCCCACUUGGAGAAGACCAGCCGUGAGGAAGGUGGUGCAUUGCAACGUGCUAGAUACAACUUCUUCAUCGAGACCUACUUCUCGAAGGUUGCCCCACAUGUUGUGAAAGCCGGAAUAGCGAAAACAUUGGAAGAAAGAGAACAAGCUGCCUCCAAUGUUAUAGAUGCGAUAGUGAAGGAGAUUGAGCCUUUAGUUCAGAACGCAGCCCCAUUUUUUGGAGGCUCGGAGAAGCUGACAUUUGUGGAAGUUCAAGUUGGAUCAUUUCUGCUCCGACUUUUGGCUUUCGCCAAAUAUGAUGGCUUGCUUCCCAAGAGCCUUUUGACUCUGGAAGAAAAAGCUCCGGCCUUUUGGAAAUGGGCCAGUGCCGUAAGCAAUGAGAAGAGCGUCACCUACAUUUGGGAUGAGGAGGCCACAGCAAAGAGAUCGCUUCAGCGAUUUGAGAAGAUAAGAGCAGCUUGACUAGAGAGACCAAAUUUAUGACGGAACCACCACGAGACAAAUGAAAUAAGAAUUCAGCGGUACGGGCACAGCAAUAAGGGUAAUGACGGCGUUGAUAUAGUAACAAUUCAAUCUUUUAGAAUAUGCCAAGAAACAUCAGUCUACAAACCCCGAAGCUAAAUCACUUUCCCCAUAACCUAACACUUGUCCUCAUGAUGAUGUCAAUUUAUGCAUCAGUGUUUCGUCCCUGCAUUGUCAGCACCACUCGGGGAUUUUGCUCCUAACACUCGACAUUAGGUUACUACGAUGUCUUAGAAAAUGAUUGAGGAAUGUCUCAUGGAAAAAGUUCUUCAAUCUGUGACUAUCACAAGGCCCA